CGCGGCAAGGCGCCGCCGGGGGAUGCGAUGUAGGCGCUCGCUGCCCCCCGGCCGGCCCGGCCCGGCGACGGCGCUGCAGGGCGCUGGCCAUGGAGCCGGGCACCAUCGACAACCUGUCCAUCCUGUACCAGAGCUCGGACUUCAUCGUGGUCAACAAGCACUGGGACAUCCGCAUCGACAGCAAGAUGUGGUACGAGACCCUGACCCUGCAGAGCCAGCUCAAGCACCGCUUCCCAGAGCUGGCUGACCCCGACACCUACUACGGCUUCAGGUUCUGCCACCAGCUUGACUUCUCCACCAGUGGGGCGCUGUGCGUCGCGCUCAACAAAGCGGCAGCGGGAAGCGCCUACAAGUGUUUUAAAGAGAGGCUGGUGACCAAAGCCUAUCUUGCCCUGGUCAGGGGCCACGUCGGCCAGCGGCGGAUGACCAUCAGCUACGCCAUUGGGAAGAACACCACCGAGGGCAUGACCCACAUGAUGUGCAUCGACGGGACGGAGGGCUGUGACAAUCCCAAGCCUUGCCAAUCAGAGCUGAUCGUGCUUGAGCAUGGGUCCUACAGCGGAGAUCCUGUAACCAAAGUGCUGCUGCAGCCACUGACAGGUCGGACUCACCAGCUCCGGGUUCACUGCAGCGCCAUCGGCCACCCCAUCGUUGGGGACUUCACCUACAGCCACAGGAAGGACAGCAGACCCUACAGGAUGAUGCUGCAUGCCUACUACCUGCGCAUCCCCACCGGCAAGGAGCUGAUCGAGGUCUGUGCGCCCGACCCCUUCGUCACCGCGAUGGACAGCAACUGGGUGCCACAGCACGUCGUGCACCAGCUGGAUGAGACCAUCCAGGAGCUGAAGGACAAGGUGAUGCAGAAGCAGGAAGAGGAGCAGAACCAGGAAGCCGUGCUUGGUGGUGGAGAAGAGGAGGCACAGGACGAAGCCAAGAGCCCGGAGGCAGAGGAGCAGCGCGUGUGCUGUGAGCAGUGGUUGGCCGAGUGGGCUCUGGAGUGAGCACAAACCACAUCUCUGCAGUUCCAGCCCAGUGCUCCAUUGUUGUCCCAGCGGGUCCCUGCGGAGCCCAGCGCUGACUCCACGCCUGCACUUGCUCUGUGCUAUGUCUUCCCUCACCUCUGGGGCUGGGACCAGGCAGAUUCUAUCAGGCUGGGUUGAUUUUGUACCCCACAAGUCAUCCAUCUGGCUAUUGGAUGCUCCUUUCCUCAUUCCAAGCCUUAGCAGCAGAGGCAGUGUGUCACCUACCAGCUUAGAGUGACCCUAGAGCUUCACAUCCCCAUCCCGGGGCUUGGGCACAGCCAGGAUAGCACCAGCACUGCCUUUGCCACGUGUACAAUGGACAUAUCCACAGCCCUCCACUGCUGAGGUGCUAAAACGGGAGGGGAGAACAUUCCAGGUGCAGCUUCAGUGUGCACAUCCCCAACCCCCUUGGUCCCAGCUUGCUAUGCUCACUGGCACAUACCUGGUGUGGGAGUUGGGAGAGCAGCAGGCUGAAGGGCAGCCUGGGGGCACCAAUAGCCCCCCCUAGUCCUGGGAUGGCUGCAGGUGUUGUACCUGUGGAGCUGGGUUGUGCGAUGGGCACAGGAAGGGUCCGGGUCCAUUCCCUGCCCACUGGCUUCCUUCCCACCUCAGCCCAUGUGUGGGGUUUUUGGUGGCUGAGUUGAUUCCAAUGGAUUUUAACCUCUUUGUUGCCAGCUUCUAUCAGAAGAAUUUAGUCUUUUAGUGGUUCUGGAAUACGGGUGGUCUCAGAAAUGAGCUUAUUUUGGUACUUCUGUGGUCAGACAGCCAGCAGCCCAAAGCUUUUCUACUAGAUGUUGCUAUUCCUUCUCCAAAUGUUGCCUUUUCCUAGCACCCACUUCUGCCCUGGAGGUGGAGAUCAGAAGGCACAAGUCCCUCACUGCUUUACCCCAGACAAUGGGGUUUCUGUGUCGUGUUUUGGUCCCGUGGCAUGGCUCUGAGGACAAGUCCUUUGAGUGGCAGUUCGGGAGGACUCUGGAGCAAGAGGAGCAGCUGAGGAAGUGGUUGAAGCUGGGUUCCUUCCAAUUUCAGACUGAGGACUGGUGUGAGGAGCAGGAAGGAUCAUGGCUCAUGCUGGUGCCAAGCUUUCAAAGAUGCCAAUCAGUUUUUCUGUCA